CAGCGGGACGCAGGGUGUUAUCCUGCAACUGUGGUCGCGAAUAUGCGCCGGAGUUCCCGGAUUACCCUGAUUUUCUUUCCCCUUUCAUAUUUUGUUUCACAAAGUGUAAUGGAUUUACACUCCAGUCCAGUUUGUGGCGGUAAUGCAGCUUUUGGUUGCCAACUGCCAUUUUAGAAGUCACAGAAGAAGAAGUCUCAUUUUUCGUGGACAGAUUUUCGGCAGAGUAAAUCAAUGGAGAGAAUGGCUGCUGCCGAGUUGAACAGUAGUUCUGCUCCGGUGAUGGAGGAAAAUGAGCCUAUAGAAGUCACCGCCGAAGGCGAGCAUACAGAGAACUACCAGACACUACUUGAUGCCGGACUGCCGCAGAAAGUGGCAGACAGUCUCAACAAAAUAUUCUCUACUGGGUUGCUGGCAUACGCUGACCUAGACGAGAGGGCCAUCGAUGCUCUGCGGGCGUUCAAUGAAGUGGGAGCGUUGUCUGUACUGUCGCAGUUCAAAGAAAGUGACCUGACCCAUGUCCAGAACAAAAGUGCUUUUCUUUGUGCAGCUAUGAAGACAUACAGACAGAGGGAAAAGCAAGGAAGUAAAGUACAGGAAACCUCUAAGGGUCCUGCUGAGUCCAAGAUCAAGGCUCUGCUGGAGCGGACAGGAUACACCCUGGAUGUCACCACCGGACAGAGGAAAUACGGAGGACCCCCACCAGAGGAAGUGUUUAAAGGAGCACAGCCUGGGAUUGGAACUGAGGUGUUUGUGGGAAAGAUCCCCAGAGACCUGUAUGAAGAUGAGCUGGUGCCUCUGUUUGAGAAGGCGGGCCCAAUCUGGGAUCUGAGGUUAAUGAUGGACCCCCUGUCGGGUCAGAACCGGGGCUACGCCUUCAUCAACUUCUGCAGCAAGGAUGCAGCAGCUGAGGCGGUGAAACUUUGUGACAACUAUGAAAUCCGGUCUAGGAAACACCUUGGCGUGUGCAUAUCUGUAGCGAACAACCGCCUGUUUGUCGGAUCAAUCCCAAAGAACAAGACCAGAGAGAGCAUAUUGGAUGACUUCAGCAAAGUCACAGAGGGGCUUCAGGAAGUGAUCCUCUACCACCAGCCGGAUGACAAGGAGACGAACCGUGGCUUCUGUUUCCUGGAGUACGAGGACCACAAGUCUGCGGCCCAGGCCCGCCGCUGUCUCAUGAGUGGCAAGGUGAUGGUGUGGGGGAACCCGGUCACUGUGGAGUGGGCCAACCCGGUCACUGAGCGCGACACGGAUGUCAUGGCCAAUCAGGCGAAGGUCUUGUUUGUCAGGAAGCUUGCCACCUCAGUCACAGAGGAGCUACUAGUGAAGACAUUCUCUGCCUUUGGCAAACUGGAGCGGGUGUAUAAGCUCAAAGACUACGCCUUUGUCCACUUUGAGGACAGGGACGCCGCUGUGAAGGCAAUGGUAGACAUGAAUGGAAAGGAGCUGGGGGGAGAGGCGAUUGAAAUAAGAAUAGCAAAGAAGAAGAAGGCGCGGAAGACUCAGCGCCAGACCACCAGAAACCCAGGCAGGAAUGACGAUUAUAACCAGCCACCGCCACGCAUGCCUCCACCAGAUAGAGGCCGUGGUCGCCGCGGGGGCUACGCCGCCUACCCUCCAGACUACCACAGCUACGAUGACCACUACGGCUAUGACUAUCAUGACCCCUGCAGGGGUUACGAGGACCCCUACUACGGUUACGAGGACCCCUACUACGGUUACGAGGACCCCUGCAGGGGUUACGAGGACCCCUACUACGGUUACGAGGACCCCUACUACGGUUACGAGGACGUGUACAGCGAGACAGGCCGUGGCAGCAGGGGUGGCCCGCCCCCUCCUAGGGCCCGUGGAACACCACCCAGACAGGGCCGAGGGGGCUAUGCACAGAGGGGGCCACCCAUCAGAGGGCCCAGGCGUGGCAGAGGAGGUGGCCGUGGGGGACUCUUCCAGCCACAGAGGGCCCACAGUACCCGAGGAGCCAGGGGGAACCGUGGGGGCAAUGUGGGCGGGAAGAGGAAGGCAGACGUCUUCAACCAGCCUGACUCAAAGCGCCGGCAGACCAACAAGCAGAACUGGGGGUCCCAGCUCAUCACCCAGCAGCAAGGUGGCGACUAUUCUGAUAACUAUGGUUAAGGAAAUGCCUCCCUCUUACAGUGCAUCCGGAGAGUUUUCAGACUCCUCGACUUUUUGAGAGGAGUCAUUUUGCAGUCUUUCCAUAGAGAAAUGCUAAGGGCAAACACCUUUGGUUCAAUGACAUCACCAUUUAGUUUGUUUUGUCCUUCUAUUCCAAUUUACACAGGUGGUGAGGUGAGAGCAGCAGCGCUUGAGUGAGAAACAAACUCACCCUGAACUUUGUUCCUUACAAAAGGUUGAGCUAUUACUAGUAGUUUCUAGCCCAAACCGUGCUGAAUCUACAGAUUAUUUUGUGAGAAGACCGAUUUCCAAGAUGUCUCCUGGUCUGACAAACACUGCUGUAGCUCUGUGCCACCUUCCACUGCCGAUGCGGUGGAUUGAGACGCAGCCCAUGCAAACAAGUCUAGUUUAAACUAAUGGAUUUUAAUGGUCAUUUGAUUGUUUAUUUGAUUAUUAUGCUAAUUACAGAGUAGGCUUUAUACUGCAAUCUCAUUGCCUUUGCCAAGUCAAUUUGCUUGCCUUGCAUAUGCCAUUCAAUGUUUUCUCGUCAACUAUUAGGAUAAAGAUUUUUGUGACAUGUCAGGUAAAAUCACCAGUGAUCCAA